AUGUUGUCACAACCCUGUAAAGUAUUUGGCCGUUUGGCCGUGUUGGGUAUCACGAGCUUUGCGCCUGUGGUUGCACAAACCCCUACAGUUUCCAUAGCAUCAGGUGUCAUAGUCGGCACAAUAGCGACUCCUUCCAAUCAACCAUCUGCAAAUGCCACAGCGAACGUGUUUCAGGGAAUUCCAUUUGCACAAAGUCCACCGGAAAGAUUCUCACCUCCCUCUGCGCCAGCAGCAUGGAAAAGUCCGCUGCAGGCAACGCAGCUGCCACCAGCGUGUAUACAGCAAUUUAGUGGUUCUGGUGCUCUCCAGCAAUUCAUGAUUGAUACAUUUGACAAUCCAGGUGGCCAGCCAUUGCCUGAAAGCGAGGAUUGUCUCUAUUUGAAUAUAUAUGCUCCCGCUGAUGCCUCUCCGACAAACCUGAAGCCAGUCUUGUUUUGGAUAUUUGGAGGAAAUCUUCAGUUUGGGUCCGGCUCCGUUGCACAGUACGAUGGGACGUCUUUUGCAGUAAAUCAAGACGUUGUAGUUGUGACGUUUAAUUAUCGCACAAACAUUUUCGGAUUCUCGAGUUCGCCGCAAAUUCCGUUUGGUGAGCAGAAUGUCGGGUACCUGGAUCAGCGUUUCGCGCUAUCAUGGGUUCAGGAUAAUAUUGCACAAUUCGGUGGUAAUCCUGACCAAGUAACAAUCUUUGGCGAGUCUGCUGGUGGGUAUUCGGUCAAGCAGCUCCUUGCGAAUCCCCCAUCACCAUUGCCUUUUGCUGCCGCUAUCAUGGAGUCACAACAAGCGGGCCUAACUGGGGAUGGCCUUGAAAGCUAUUAUAUGGUUCUCAGCAAUUUCUCGUGCGAAACAGCCUCCUCUCCGAUCGACUGCUUGCGUCAUGUUCCAGCGACGGAAAUUAAAGCGUUCAUUGAAUCACAAAGUCUCUUAUUCCCCCCUGUAGAUAACGAUGGAACUCAAUUGAAUGACGUGCGCAGUAGUAUAUCAAGCAAAAAAUUUGCCAAUGUGCCGAUAUUUCUUGGAACAAACGCCAAUGAAGGCCGCGUCUUUGUUGCGGCUCUGGGGCUUUCGAAUUCCACAAACUUAAUCGAUCAAGUCCUCAACAUGUCAUCUUUGGAGAACUCAAUCCUUGCCCUCUAUGCAGCGGGCAUUGUCAACGACGAAUAUUUGUUGGCAAGCCAAAUCCUAACAGAUGCCAUCUUCACAUGUACGACAGCCUCAUUAUCGAACUAUGCGGUCGAAAGUGGUUAUACGGCUUGGCGGUACCGUUAUGCAGCCAGUUUCCCAAAUACUUCCCCGUUUAAUGAGGCCGGCGCGUGGCAUUCGUCAGAGAUCCCUGAGGUGUUUGGCACCUAUCCUCUCUCUAACCAAUAUGGAACAGUCACCACCCAGCAGAUCAAAUUGAGUCAGUAUAUGCAACGUAUCUGGGCAGAUUUCGCAAAGAAUCCCAGUGCCGGUCCUGGUUGGCCUGCUUUGGGCACCAACUGGCGAUGGGAACUCGGCGAUAUUGGAGAUAACGGAAGCACAAAUGAGAAGACAAUUCAGUUGGAGGACCACGAUUAUGUCUGUGUUGUAUAUGAUCCUAUUGUGCAGGCCAUAGGCAGUGGAUACUAG